UAGGUUUUAAAUUAAAAUAUCUGCUUCGAGUGUGUGGUUAAAAUGAUAAUGAUUAUUUUAAUAUAAAAACUAAAUAAGUUUAAUGCGGAAGACAUAAUUUAACUGGAAGAACGAUGUUUACUUACUUAACAAGCAGCACAAUUGAUAUUUAGGGCCGAUAACACUUGUUUGCUUAUAUCUAUCAAGCAAAUAAGUAUUUGUUUGAACUGUUUCCAGAAUAAAACUGUUGAGAGAGAGAGAGAGCGGUGAAAGGCAGCCGACCAACAAAGUAUAUUCGUGUUACAAUGUCGUCUAUGGAAAUCCAGCUCACAGUCAUAAAAUGAACAAAGAAAUAUUUUUUCCUCAAAGCAGGAUUUAGUUUAAAUUCUCAUGCUGUGUCACUAAUUACAACAUGAGUUCACCGAAGCUUCACUUAGCUUCAUUGUUAAUCUGGAGGAUCGGAGUUCCUGUGACCAUGGUUUCGGGAACAUUCGGAAAUAUCAUGAUUGUACUAAUCCAGCGCAGACUGACUGAUGGGUCAGGGUCUGGACUGUCCGUCUACUUCCUGGCUCUGGCUUUAUCCGAUCUGGUAGCUUUGUGGUGUGAUCCCAUAUUCUGGUUUCUCAACAGCUUCGAUAUUUUUCUGUAUUCUAAUUGGCUGUGCAAAGCGCGGGUAUUCUUGGCUUACUUCAAUGCUCACUUCUCGGCAGCCAUUUUAGUGACCAUGACCUUUCAACGGGCAGCGUCCAUUCUGUGGCCUCUCAAGGCCAACGUCCACUGCAACGAAAAGUUUGCCAGGUCAGCGAUGUCGACACUCUUUGUUUUAUUUGUUGUUUUGAACUCUCACAUUCUGUACGGCCAUACCGUCCACCCGAGCCCUGGCAACGGCACGGCUGAGUGCUUCUUCAGCUACGUCAGCAACGACUACGAGAUGUUCUUCGACGAUGACUACGGCUGGGUGGACACACUCUUCUCAUCCUUACUACCCUUCUGUCUUCUGGCCGCGGCCAACUGCGUGCUAGUCUGGAAGGUGAGCCAAUCCUUGAUUCAAGCAAAGCGGCGGUUAAUUUCCGAGCACUCGCUUCAUCUUCGCAGUCGUCAGAAGAAAUCGUCGUCGAUGACGGUCACCCUCAUCGCCGUUUCUAUCGCUUUCGUUGUCUUCACUCUUCCGUCUGCAGUAUAUGUAAACUAUGCCAAGCAGUUUUCUCACGGACAGGACAGUGAUGAGGACAUAGCUGCGGCUAACGAACUGAUGCUGUCUCUCAGCUUUGUGAUGCUUUUCUGUAACAAAGCCGUGAAUUUCUAUGUCUACUGCCUGACAGGCAGCAAGUACCGGGCAGAGUUUGCCAGAAUGUUCUGCCAGAGAUAG